AUGAGCCAGCCAGAGCAUUAUUCAACAGAUGCAAAGCAUGCCAAAGGUACCGAAGUUUUUGUUGGUGGAUUGCCCUCUACAGUAUCUGAAGACAAAAUCAGCAAGGUAUUCUCUGGUUGUGGCGAAAUUGUGGAAAUUCGUAUGAUAAAGGACCAGAAAGGCAAUUUAAAGGGAUUUUGCUUUGUGCGCUUUGCAACAAAAGAGGCUGCAGACAAAGCUGUGAAGGAAAAAUCUGGAAUUGUGGUAGAUGGAAAGAAGAUUGGCGUUCUCCCAUCAAUCCAGCAGGAUACCUUACAUUUUGGAAACCUUAACAAAGGUUGGAGUGCUGAUGAAUUCGAAAAACUUGUUCUCCAGGUUUUUCCUGAUGUUGUAUCUGUUGAUCUGGCAAUGCUCAAAGACUUGCCACCUGGUCAAAAGCAACGGAACCGUGGUUUUGGUUUUGUGAAAUUCUCAUCUCAUGCAGCUGCUGCACGUGCCCUAAGGGUGGGCUCCCAGUCGGAUUUUCGUCUUGGUGGAAAACUGCAUCCAUCUGUUCAGUGGGCCGAGGAGGAAUGUGAAGUUGAUCCAACAGAACUUGCUAAGGUAAAAAUAGCUUUUGUCAGAAAUCUGCCAACUGAUGCAGAUGAGAACUACUUGAAGCAAUUGUUUGAGCAUUUUGGCAAGGUAGAUAAAGUAGCGAUAUCCAGAAAGAGCUCCUCCCCAGUUGCGUUCAUUCACUUCACAGAACGAUCAGAUCUUGAAAGAGCUAUAAACACAAUGAACGAGAAAACAAUUCAAGGACCUAAUAGUGGUCCAUUGGUUAAACUCCAGGUUGAAGUUGCAAGGCCUACAGGCAGAAGCAAGAAGCGAGCUCAUGAGGAUUCACACAGCAGUCCUGCUAUGGUUCAGGUUCAUUCCAAACUUUUAAAGGAGGAAAUAAUCGCCAGUCCAUCCAUUAAUCUCCAGAAGGAAUUGGAAUAUGCUGCUGACCCUUAUGAGGCCGCUGUAGUCUCUUUACCUUUAUCUAUUAAAGAACGUUUACUCCGGAUCCUACGGCUUGGAAUUGCUACUCGUUUUGAUAUAGACAUACAACAUCUGAGCAGUCUCAAGCAGAUACCUGAAUCUGCAGCUAUAUCUGUCCUUGACCAGUUCAUGUUAUCAGGAGCUGGUUUGCAAAAUAAGGGAGCAUAUCUUGCUGGUUUAGUUUCUAAAUACCUGGUUGAUAAAGCGGGACGUAGUGAAAACUUAGCAAGUUUGUCAAGAGUAGUGGAUGUAACUGCAAAAGAAUCUAAGUUAUUCAGCUUCCCUAGUCGAGUAACUGUACCAGCAAUUGACUCUUUUGAUCCGAACAUGCGCCCAGUGGCCAGGUCUGGAACUUACAUGCCGCGCUAUUCACUUUCUGAUUAUCCUUUAUCAAGUCAUGUAGCUGUAGAAAAAGAGGAGAUGAGAGGCUCAGAUUUUGUUUUUUCAAGCGGAGCAUCAGUAGGAAGACUGGUGGAGAGAAGCAUUUCUCCUUUCGAGGCAACACCAACUUCAUCUUAUGCAAGAGUCGGAUUAGGUUUAAGAGGGGACGGUACACACCUUUCUCCCCCACAGCCAGCACCAUUUUCAUCUAGAACUUACCCAAGAGUUGGAGUAAAUAUAAGUUCUGGCAUUACAUCUGAUACUAAUCGCCAAGCAACUCGCCCUCAAGUUAGGUUUGAUCCCUUUACGGGUGAGCCUUACAAAUUCGAUCCGUUCACUGGUGAACCUAUUAGUCAUGAGGCUAUACACCGACCCCCCUUCUAA